AAUUCCUCGCCCCUGGUGCUCCCUGUGAAAUCAACAUAGAUGGGAAAACAAUGGAAAAAGUUCACCAAGAGAUGAAAACACCAAGUCGAUUCACUUUUGACGCUGCUCAAGAACAUGUUUAUACGUUGUUGUUGAAGAAGGACUGUUACCCGAGGUUCAUCAGAUCGGAAUACUACAAGAAUCUAUUAGCAACAGGGAUACAACUUCCUCAAAAGAAACGGUUUUUCGGAUUUGGCCAACCAAAGAAGAAAAUAUCCACGACGUCAACUCCAAAUCAACAACAUCUUCAACAGCAAGCUUCUCAAGGAACCGUAGUUAUGUGUGGGGCCUUACCUAAACGCAGAGGAAGCGACAGGAGUCUUUCCGGUUCGGCUCAUGAGCUUGCCAUUUCAGGUGUUAAAGAUUCCAAAGUGCCACAUUCGCAUUCUCAAAGUAAUUUGAGUGAUAUUCCCUACAGGGGAGACAUGGCGUGUAUACCGAAGGCACCAUUGGUGGCAGCCACAAUGUACGUUAAUCU